GACCGCGAGCACGCCUUAUCUUUACCGAAGAUACAAUGUUACUUUUAAAUCAAGCCAUACUUCGCAAUCGAAUUAGAUGUAGCAAUGCGAUCGAAUGCUAAUAUAACUAAUAACGUUCCACAUCAAGCACAUUUCCUGUGAAGCGUAUCAUUAACACCAGGAACGAGUUGUAUUCACAGGGGCGUCAGGAAUGUUUCUUUCGAUUGUCAAGAGUACAAAAACAAAACGGAAGCGAAUUUGCAGCUGACGGAGGCUUGCCAAGCGGCAUUACCCAGAGUGCACUUCUGCACCACGGCCCAGCAGGGACGGGUGCUGCAUGGCACUGUGCCAGACCCAGACACCGCUGCUGGCUCCGCCCAUCUCCUCUGUCAGGCUCCGCCCACACGCACGGUCACCAGGAAACCAGCCCUCAGCACAGGAAAACCACACUGGCGGCCAGGGAGGAAGGUCAAAGGCCGGGGCUUAUAUAUUCAUCUUCUGAAUGUGAAAGUCAGCCCUCUGGUGUAAGGUGCGUGUCAAAAUAACUGAGCACAUUCAAAAACCAAGCCCCCCCCCUCCCCGAAACUAGGCCUUAGAUCGUGCGCGCAUAGGUGUGCUCAGGUGGUCUGUGGGCGGAGCUGUGGUCAGGGGGUCUGUGGGCGGAGCCGUGGUCAGGGGGUCUGUGGGCGGAGCUGCGGUCAGGCGGUCUGUGGGCGGAGCCGUGGUCAGAGAUGAAGCUGAGGGCUGUCAUGGAGAACCUGCACAGGCAGCAGAGAGCCAAACUGCAGAUGGAACUGGAGCAGCAGCAGGCCGGCCAAUCGCAGCAGCCAGACGGCUCCCUCCCAGCCAAUGCCGGGGAGCAGCCGAGCGGAAGCCCCGCCCCCGAGCGCGCUCAGAUGGCGGCCCUGGCGGCCAUGAGGGCGGUGGCCACCGGGCUACAGAGGAACUGCGACCUUCCCUCGUCCAAUCACAGCAGCGCGGAGGAGGGGGAGCAGGAGGAGGAGGAGGAGGAAGAAGAAGAAGAGGAUUACAAGGGCAUGAUGGGCUCGGAUGAAGAACUCAGGAAGCAGAAAUGGGACGAGGAGGGGUUGGAGGAGGACUUUGAAGACGAGCUGGGGGAGGAGGGGUCUCCCACGGGCCGGGGGCCGCUGACCCCGGGGCGGGGGAUCCUGCUGCUGCCACACCGCCACCUGCUCCCCCAAUCUCAAGCCCUGAGGGCGGGGCUGCGGGAGCCGCCCCACAUCAGCCCGCCUCUGGGACCUCACAAGCACAGGCCAUGGAACGGACCUCAGGAGCAGUUCAGACAGUUGUAUGAACUGGACAGCAACCCGCAGCGGAAGGAGUUUCUGGACGACCUGUUCGGCUUUAUGCAGCGAAGAGGGUCCCCUGUGAACAGGAUCCCCAUCAUGGCCAAGCAGGUGCUGGACCUGUUCAUGCUGUACCAGCUGGUGACGGAGAAGGGGGGUCUUGUGGAGGUCAUCAACAAGAAGCUGUGGCGGGAAAUCACCAAGGGCCUGAGCCUGCCCACCUCCAUCACCAGCGCCGCGUUCACGCUCCGGACCCAAUACAUGAAGUACCUGUACCCCUACGAAUGUGACAAGAGGGGCCUCAGCAACCCCGGAGAGCUGCAGGCCGCCAUCGACAGCAACCGGCGGGAAGGGCGUCGCCAGAGCUUCGGCUCUGCCCUCUUCACCUACUCGCCCAAUGGCACGCCCACCAUGCUGUCAUCCCCUAAGCUCUCCGCCCCCAGUCUGGGAGUGGCUUUGGGCACCAAUGGGGCCACCCUCGCCCCAAUGCAGCGUAUCAAGAAAGAGGACGCCGGGGGCAUGGCGGUGCCGGGGGCGAGCCGGCUGCCCUUGGCGCUGGCAGGGUCAUCGGCGGCGGCGGUGCAGGCGGCCAUGGCGGCUCAGAUGGCGGCUCUGGAGCAGCUGAGGGAGAGGCUGGAGUCGGGCGAGCCGGCGGAGAAGAAGAUGGCUCUGCCGGGCGAGGAACACCAGCGCCUCCUGCAGGCCGAGGAGCACCAGCGCCUCCUGCAGGCUGAGGAGCACCAUCGCCUCCUGCAGAGGGCGCUGCAGCACAACCUGCUCGCCAUGACCGCCGCGCACGUGCCCAUGAGCGUCCGCGUCAGCACACAGGCAGAGGGCGGACGGGACUCCGCCUUAAACCUCACCACCAACGGCACCGGCAGCAUCAGCAUGUCGCUGGAGCUCAAUGGGGUGGUCUACACCGGUGUGCUUUUCGCCCAGGUGGUGGGGCCCGUCCCGUGCCAGCCUACCGGAUCGUCCGGCUCUGGUGAGAGCGAGGCGCCCAGCGGGCACCCCGAAUCCCGGCCCGCCGCCCACACACCUACCUCAUCCUGCUCCGGCGACUCGUCGCCACAGCAACCUCACAGCCAACCACAGCCAGGAACCUAGCCCGGCCUCCAAACUCGGGCCAAUCAGGGAGCGGAAACCGCAGGCCGCCUGGAUACUCCCGCUCAGGCCUCUUUUCCCUCCCCUGUUUUUCUCCACUUCUUUUUCCUCCCGUUUUUCUCCACUUCUUUGUCCUCCUCCUGUUUUUCUCCACUUUUUAGCAGCCAGGUUGAUUUGAGAUAUCAGAGGCGGUUUAUCAUUUUCAAAGCCUGUGAGAAAUUUAAUUCAUUUCCUGCACAAAAGGGCGGAUUCACAUGAGAACAAAAAGAAAAAAAAAGAAGAGGCUGUUUAUUUUAAAUGCACUGUUUACACACACCUGCUGUCAGACAAUGCAGCCUCUCCCAACAGAGGAAAAAAAGAGUUUAAUUUUUUAUUCAUUUUGUUUCGUACAGAUAUUAUUACCCGUUGGUAAAAAAAUAUAUAUAUUUAGGGUUUCAAAAAAGAAGACAUUUGUAAAUACAUUCUCUAUUUUAUUCGUAGUGGCAUAAGAAAGCACUGUUGUGACCUCAUGGCUAUGGAGCCUAACCUCUUAAGCUUGUGUUGGUACAGUACAGUAAAGUACAGUAAACUACAGUACAGUACAGUAAACUUCAGUACAGUACAGUAAACUACAGUACAGUACAGUAAAGUACAGUAAACUUCAGUACAGUAAAGUACAGUAAACUUCAGUACAGUAAACUACAGUACAGUACAGUAAAGUACAGUACAGUAAAGUACAGUACAGUAAAGUAAAGUACAGUAAACUUCAGUACAGUAAAGUACAGUACAGUAAACUACAGUACAGUACAGUACAGUACAGUAAACUACAGUACAGUACAGUAAAGUACAGUAAACUUCAGUACAGUAAAGUACAGUAAACUACAGUACAGUAAAGUACAGUAAACUACAGUACAGUACAGUAAACUACAGUACAGUACAGUAAAGUGUUCUGCUCUGAACACAGGCCUUGCGUAGCCCAAACCCUCUCCUGUGACCUUGUGACCUUCAGAUUCAGCUGUUUGUGAAACUGAGCUUUCUCCCCACCUCCACUGGACUCCCACAGGAUCGGCCUGACUCCUCUCAGCUGUUGGGAUUGACCUUUGACCUCAGAGUGAACUCAGAUCUCCGAUUUCCCAUCUCGCUCUCCUCACUGGCCUUUUCCGCAAAAACAGCGGAGCACCCCAAACCCUGAGAAGUAGGGAUGUCGUACUCCCGUCCUGAGAGGCAGCAGACCCCACUUUUCUGUGCGCUCUUGAUUCUUCGAUUGGCACGCAAACCUGGCUGUUUCUGAGGCUUUCAUUGGCUGCUGAGAGAAGGGAAUGGAAGUACACCGGGCAGGUGUUGCGACCUUGUGAAACGGCAGUUUGAGAUCGCUGCUUCUCACCGCCGCUGCCUGACUGGGAAGGUUCCUGGGAGGCCCCAGCACAGACCGUAAAGCCUCACGACGCCCCCUGGUGGCUGUUCUGUGGUCUGUCUAGCGCUGUGGGGACUGGAGGGGGAGGAGCCACAGACUGUCUCAUGGGGAGAGCGUGUGUGUGCGUACAUGCGCGUGUACACGCAUACGUGCCUUUUGUUUGUGCGAGUGGUGUGCCUUUUUUGAGAUGAGUACUGAAAGUUUCUUGCUGAUUUUGGGGGUCCUGUGGGGCCGCUCGCUGGUCCUGGGAAAGCGAUCGAGCCUUUCACGCAGUCGUGUCCACUUCAGUGCAGGGUCGCCACGGCGACGCACUGACUCGGAACGUCUGCGUGCCAGCUGUGGUGUCGUCCCGGGACGUCCUGGUGUUCCACUGACGUCGCUAACGGGUUUCUGGAAAGGUGUCGCACCCUGUGGCCUCAGCCAAUGGCUGUGCUGCUGCUGUCCUGCCAACGUCGCAAUUGGGGGAUUUGGGGGUUCACCCCCUCCCCCGCUCUCUCCACAGGAGUGCUAUGCCUACAGACCGCCGCGCUUUUACUACGAGAUUCCGUCCGUAUACCUCAGAGCAGUGAUUUAAGGUCUACUCUAAAUCUAUUCCUGCAUGUUCAGCAGAAAGUAUCUGCCAAUCGCCAUCAGAGUUGUUUCACUGGUUGUUAAAAACACUCCCUGAUUGGGGCAGCUUGGGGUUUCCAUGGAUAUGGUUGCCAUGACAUUAUCGCUUGCUCGUCUCUCGUGCAGGCAUAACCACCUGCUUUUCUUAUUGGGGCAUGACUGUAAUUAACUAUGCAAAUCCAUCCAGUUGCUCACAUUAUAGUUUUAUUAUUUUUAAAUGGACAUAAUAUUCAAAAUGGUGGCUGAGGAUCAGAAAGCCAAACUGGAGGUUUGAGUUUGAGUAUGCAUGUUAUUUUAUUGUCUUUCUUUUUUUUUUUUUUUUUUUUACAAGCCAAAGAUGCAAGGCUUAUUUAGUUGGGUUUUUUCAUAUCUGGUGUUUGUUAGUGUAUUACUUUCAGCUUGUCGUGUGUGUCAAAAUAAGACACUUUCUGAAAUAUUUUUUUUUUUUUUUGGUUUACCAUUGCUUCUGCUGUGGUUAAGGCGGAGGUGCAGAUUUUUUUGUUGUCUAACAACAAGGCUUUUGAUUUAUCAGGGAUGUGAAAUUUUCCCACAGCAGUCACUGGGGAUAAAGAAUGACUUCUGGGUUUAUUUAUUGCUGUGGGGUUUUCUGCUGCCUUUUUCCCACUUCAGUGGACAAUGAGGUGCAUGUGGAUUUUACUUCGGUCAGUAACUUCCUCUGCAUCAAGCGCAACACUGCUGACAACCACCAGGGGGCGACAUCUUCGCGAUUACCUGGAAGGAGCCACUUCUGGACCCAAGUGCCUCAGAGCGUGGGUGCGAAACAGGCAGGCACACUUCCAGUUUGGGCCGUUCUGGUUCGGAAGCAUGUUCUCGCGGGACAUGUCCCGUUAGUCUGCUGUAUUGGAACGCAAGGUCAGCUCCUUUCUUCCGAUGAUGUAUUGCACUGGAGGAAUUGUGUGAAAACCCAGGAGGGGGUUGUGGUGGCGUGUGAAAGGGUAUUUAUUAUUAACCUCUGGUCGCUCUUCUCAAAUGCAUUUAUGAAUUCUGAUGAAUUCGGACUAGGUUUUUAGUGGGGAAAGGGUGUGGCCUAAUCCCAUUCCUCAGGUUCUCAGUCCAGCACAGUGGAUUGUUAGCGCACUCAGGGACGGUUGCAUGACUUGGAAGAUUUUGCAGCACCGUAUAUACCUCACAGAGAACGCCUUAUUUCCGGCAGACUUUUUGCUUCUGAAGCAAGACUUUUUUCCUACCUCACUAAAUGUACAGUGUGACCUUUGCGGUGGUGAAAGCUUUGCAAGAACCUGAUUUAUUUCACUUAUGGACUACAGUUCACAAGCGAGCUCAGACUGGGGUUUUUGGUGGGUGUAAUCUUGGGUGUCAGUGCUCCAGGACAUGCUGGUGCGUAACAUGCGUUUUGAUUGUGCUGACUGACUGCUUUCAGCGUUUGGUGGCAGGCAGAGGUGGACUCGUCAUGUGGAAACCGCUUUCCUGUGCCUGUUCCUUCAGUUAUUUUAUCAUCUCUGACUUGCACCUCCUGUAAGUCAGGUGAAGCUGGGGAAGAAAAGUUGAUUGCUGCAUUUAAACUUGACAGUUUUUUUCAUGUUUUGGGCUGGUGGUGGGAUGGGGACAUCGUCUUUAUUAUUAUUAUUUUAUUUUUUUAAACUUGCUGUUUGAUGCCCUUGGUUGACAAAGCGUGCAGACAGCUGACAAUCAGAUACCGAUGAAGCCAAACACACUGGGAUGAUUAUCUGGAAUGGGGGAGUGGGCGGGACUUUGCAGGGAGGGGUGGGGCACGGCCUGGCUAGGCGGAGUUACAAUCAUUUUUCCGGGCAAGGAUCUGGGCCUGAGAACGUUUGUGGUUUAUGCUGGAGACCGCUCCGAUGGGAACCUUCAUCUUGGAUCCAGUCUCCAGUCAAAACCUUCUGCAGAGCUUUCUCAGAGACUGACCUUGGACGUUGUGUUCACGUGGUGUAUUUGAAACUUGCUGUAUAUAACAUGGUCUCCAGAGGAUCAGCCGCUGCUGUGACAGCAGCAAUCUAGCCAUUGGGUGGGAGAAGAGAUGUAAAGGUGUGUCCUUUCUGUUUUAUCAUUUUUAUUAUAUUUUUAACGGAACAUCCCCCUCCCACCCACAAAAAAAUGAAAAGGUUUCCUGCAAACGCGUGGGCACCAGUACGCAGCAGUGUACACGUGUUCAUUUUAAUCGCCACCGCUGUGUGUGAUUCAUUCAGGGGUGCCCACUGCAGGGCUUUCACAUGAAGGCCGAAAUCCUCGGGGACCAGGUGUGUUGUGACUUGCUCAGAUGUUCAGUAUCUCCUGUGAAGACGCACAAAAGGAAAUGCGUUACCUCUCGUCUUCACACAGUGGCCUUCGUCACUCGUGUAAUAAGAGGCCUUAAGUCGUAUGCGCACAGUGUGUGUUGAAAUGCGUGCCGCUGCGCCGGAGGUUUGAGGUAUGGAGGCUUUUCUCAGCGGCUGCUGCUUGAACUGCAGACGCCAGGCUUUCUGUGCUGUGCUCUGGCACAGGGUCCGACUGUCCCGGGUUCGAGACCCACGCUUCUGUGAAGGAGAAACACUUUCUUUAGACGAGGUUAGACUUCCGUGUCCCAGCAUGCUGUGUGUGUAUGUCUGUCUCCCUUGUGGAGUUUAAUAUUGUGCUUUUUAAACAAAAAUGUAUUCCCUUUAUCUGUAACACUCUGUCUUCACACAGAAAAUUAUUUAAGUGACCUUUUUUAAAUCAGUGCUAAACUGUAAAUAGGAGGAGCUGGUUUAAUGUCUUGGCUCUUCUUUAUGUGCACAUUUUUAUGUGAAACCGAUUCAGCACACCGGUGAGGCUUUCGUGAUUGACUUCUCAGGAAAUGCACUUCUACCUCCAAUUUUACUGUGUCACUCAACAUAAAGUGCAGGCUACUGUUUGUCUGUCCUGGUGGGGGAGCGGUCAGUUUGUGUGUUAAGGAGGGUUUUGUUGAGUGUAGCACUUCAUUUUUACAGUUUUGGUGAAACAGCAAAGCGCCACCUGCAGUACACCCAAAACAAAGCUUUGAACAGAAGUUUAUUUUGCUUGCACUUUGUUCUGUGUUGGUGUGAUAAUUUGAAAGGUUCCCAUGGUAACAGUGUCAUGUGACCUAACAGGAGGCUGCUUGCAGAGAAAAGGGGACUGUGUUGUGCUGUGCUUUGCUUGUUGAACACUGGCUGGCCUGUAUUGCAUGACUGGAUGCUAGGUUUGUGCCAGACAUUGACACCACAGGACCACACAUUCUGUGCAUUUGAUAAAAGAAUGCAUGAUAAUUAUAAUGAUAAUUGCACCUCUCUCCAGUAUUGCAGCGGUCAGAGAGGUCUGGCCAGCAAGGCACAGCAUGGUUAUCAGAAUUGGUUGCUGUAAUUACACAACUUGACUGCAUAAAACACCUACUUAAAACCAUCUUAUUCCUCCAAUAGAGAAGGAAAUUGGGAAAAUUGCUACAAACCACAAAAAAAAAAAAAAAAAAGACGGAGAAUGUGAUUGAUUUGAAAGGGAAGGAUAUCGUGUCUCUUUAUAGUCAAAGUACCAUAAUGACGCAGUUAAAAUUUAUCUCCUUUAAAAAAAAAAAAAAAAAACGUUAUGUUUCCCUUAGACCCACAGGAAGUUAGUCAGAUGUUUGACUUGAUACACAGGAAGGCUUUUCCCCCAAAAACCACAGAAAUGACUGAUGACAAAUCUCCUCAUUUUUGGUAAUGUGAGUUAAUCUUGUUUUGGGUUUUUGUCCUGCCACGUACAUACGUGGCUCUUGGGUUUGUAAAAAAAUUAAGUAAAUAUUAAGGCAUUAUUGGUUUGUAAUUAAUAAAACAUUUUGAAAGUUUA